AUGUCAACUGAAGUAGGAUAUUGGGAAGCGAUCAAAAUAAAAGAUAAUGAGAGGAGCGUCGAAGCACGAUACAUCCAUAUCGACAUCGAUAUUCCCUUCACUCGACAACACAAACGCGAUACCCAAAGACGACGGUGUCUAGGGAUUCACAGAUCGGACCUACCCUACAAAACAUGGACCAUUUCCAAGAGAGCGGGCUUCUUAAUUCUCGGGGCUUCUCUAUACCAGCGUUUACAAAACGGUAGACAUCAUAUCGUAAACGAAUCUGAAGAUAACGUUCACAACCAACAAACCCCACCCUUUAUUGUUAGAAGCUCGAGUUACAUCCCAACCCACCAAUUCAACACAGUCGCAAAGACAAGUUUACUCCAAGGGGAGUUGGGCCAAUUCCAGCACGAACAACCCUUCGCACUUUACAGAGUUACUUUUGAUUAUCUAUCAGAGUUUCUGGCCGUAUACUUGGCACCGACAUAUCUCGAUGUGCCAGGCCACUCAGAUGUUGACGUCGGGUGUCCGUUUUUGGUAAUCACGGCCCCCAUACAUUCGCCAAGGGCUGGGGACAUUGCUAGAUUGAAGUACUUGCAGUCCUCCCCUCCAGAGGUUCACCUUUCAAAAAUCUUCAAAUACAUCAUUCAAUGGUACCCAGGCUUUAAAGCUUCGGAAAUUGGUUUAUCCGUAAGGUGCUUUUGGUGGCUCGGUUGCAAGGCAUUCGUUGCUAUUCAGAUAACAAGUCUCAUAGUUAUAAUAUAUCUCGAAUUUGACAGAAUAGCAUCAUUUGCCAGGAAUAAGGUUUCGAGUGUAGCGCUCGUCUAG